CUCUCUGCGCGAGCUGCUGCCAGUUCCGCGUCGGCCGCGAGUUUACCAGCCACGCACUGCCUGCACGCGCUCAAUCCACCGCCGGGCUGCAACAAUGUGACUCUCUCUGGCUUUCAGACCCCCCACCCCUUUUCAGUCUCCAUUAACAGCCCAGCACUGAGCGAGGCGAGAGGAUUGUAACGUAAUGUCUUCAGAUCGGAGUUACAGCUGCCUCUAUACUGAGGCGAUGACAAAAUCACAGUGGCAACCCUGUGCUGUUGCACAGGCAACACUGUGACAAUAACUUGUGAUCUCCUGACCUCUGUGACCUGUGAGUCGAGAUGGCGACCCACCGAAAGCACCUGGUCCAAGAUUUCAACCGAUAUAUCACCUGCUCAAUUUGCCGUGGGUACCUGAUAAAGCCCACAGCUGUCACAGAAUGCCUGCACACUUUUUGUAAGAGUUGUAUCGUUCAGCACUUUGAGGAGAGUAAUGAGUGUCCGGAAUGUGGGAUACAAGUCCAUGAAACCAACCCUUUAGAGAUGCUUAGGCUAGAUAAAACCCUGGAGGAAAUUAUCUUCAAGCUGGUGCCUGGGCUAAGAGAGAAGGAGGAACAACAGGAAAGUGAGUUUUGGAGAAAAAAUAAGAUCUUAUCAAAUGGAGAAGAUGGCCCUAGGGCUAAGAAAGCUCGCCUGAGUGAUGAAGAGGACGAUGAUGGGAAAGGUGGAGACUACCACAGGAGUGAUCCUCAGAUCGCUAUUUGUCUGGACUGUCUACGAAACAAUGGCCAAUCAGGAGAAAGCAUAGUUAAGGGUUUAAUGAAGAAAUUCAUCCGUUGCUCCACUCGUGUUACAGUGGGAACCAUUAAGAAGUUCCUCUGUGUAAAAUUAAAGCUGCCAAGCUCUUAUAAGCUAGAUGUUUUGUGCAACGGAGAGAUCAUGGGCAAAGACCACACCCUGGAAUUCAUCUACCGCACUCGCUGGAGACUUCAGGGUGACAGUGCUUACCCCAUGGUUCUCGAGUACCGUCCAAGGAUCGACUUUGGUUAAACAGCACUCACAGCUUUGCAGAAAUCUCAUGCAGACUGAUGUCAAGAGAUGAACAAAAAGCAGAAAAGCUGAAUGAUUGUGCCUCUGUUGAAAGACAACAACACAAAGCCCCAUGACUGACAGGACUGCUCACUUCUUCCUGUGGGCUGCUUCAGCCUCUACUCCUCCAUUCCUCCCUCUUUUAAUUUCCAUUUCCACAGUUGUGACUCCACCCACUGGCACUGUAUCAAGUUUGUUGAUUAUAUUCCUCCAAAAGCUUUCUCUGCAUGUUGUCUCUAUGACGACAUUUUAGCGUAAAGCGGCCUGUUGGGAUUAUCUGAUAGCAAUCUAGCACAGACAGUAAGCUAAAACUCAUCGCAAAGAUGCACCCCGACCAGGUGACAAGUGUAAGAAUAAGAUGAAGUCUCACUAGAUUUUAGAUUGUUUUAUUAGGCAAUUUUAUCCAAGAGUUUGCACCAGAGGCAAAUCCAAAUGCCUCGCUGAAUUGUUGCUGUUCUGUGUUACCUUUAAACUCUCUCUCUAUCCUUUUGGUUACUUUACUCUCUUGCUCUGACUGCCCACAUUGUCCCUCAUAUAUUCAGUCACUCUUUUUCAUGUCAUCAUUCUCUCUC